UGUGUGCAAUUAUUGCAAGUGCACCCUCGGCGAGGCGGACAGAGAGAGGCAGCGAGCGAAGCUGAAGGGCAGGCGUUCCUUCCAUGCUUUUGUUUCUUAAAUCUCACUCCGUCUAACAACCGACCCUCUCCUGCGACCGCGCUUUGAUUCCAACCUACGUUUCUCUCUCUCUAGAUCUCAGGCCCUUCUUUUUCGGGCCACCCAACCCAACUCAAACAACAGAACCAUCCUCUUCACCCUCCCCUUCUUCUUCUUCUUCUUCCUCCUCUUCUUCUUCCGUAGUCUUCUGGUUGGACUUCGACCACUGAGGACGUGUGAGGGAGAUGGCGGGAGGUGGGUAUGGGGAUACCAGCCAGAAGAUCGACUAUGUGUUCAAGAUCGUGCUUAUUGGCGACUCAGCGGUCGGAAAGUCCCAGAUCCUUGCCCGCUUCGCCCGAAACGAGUUCAGCCUCGACUCCAAGUCCACCAUCGGCGUCGAGUUCCAGACCAGGACGCUCGUCAUCCAGCACAAGAGCGUCAAGGCCCAAAUCUGGGACACAGCUGGCCAGGAGAGAUACCGGGCGGUGACAAGUGCAUAUUAUAGAGGUGCUGUCGGGGCCAUGUUGGUUUAUGACAUAACCAAACGCCAAACUUUUGACCACAUUCCAAGGUGGCUAGAAGAACUGAGAAGCCAUGCUGACAAGAACAUUGUCAUCAUGUUGAUUGGCAACAAAUCUGAUCUUGAAGAUCAGAGAGUUGUUCCUGCAGAAGAUGCGAAAGAAUUUGCACAGAAAGAAGGCCUAUUCUUUCUGGAGACAUCUGCAUUAAAUGCAACUAAUGUCGAGCCCGCCUUCUUAACUGUGCUGACCGAGAUUUUCAACAUUGUCAAUAAGAAAAGCUUGGCUGGUGGAGAAGAUCAGACAAAUGGAAACCCAACCUCGCUCACAGGAAAGAAGAUUGUCAUUCCUGGCCCAGCACAAGAGAUCCCUGCCAAGAGCAACAUGUGUUGUCGGUCAUAAAGUUCUUCCUCCUGUUUUGGUGAACAUCAGAGGUUUGCAGCAAUGUUCAUUAGAAUAUUUUAGUCAAGUUGGUGUAUAUUUCUGUUUCUAUCAUGUUUGCUGAGGCAUCAAUUUGAACUGGAGGUGGAGUUAUUUUGAUAAUGAAGCAAUUGGCCGAAACAAUUUUCAACAGUGUGCAGAAUCUGCGGAUGAUUUGUGCCUGUCAGGUCGUCUUUGGGCCCAUUUAAAUGGGAAGGGCAAAACUUCCUAUUUCUAGACCUACGUUGGCAGUGCAAACGUGGAGAGAGGAAGACGAACUCAUCCCAACUCAUGUUACAUGAUGAAUCCUAGUUGAGAUUAUCCAGGGCUACUAUACGCAUGAACUUGUAUUGUUUCAUGUCCUUUUUUAUGUUUGUAUCAGGAACUGUUGAGAAGAGUGAAAUCUCGCCAGUUUGACGUUUUUAUGAUUUUCUUUUUCUUGAAAGAGAGUUCAAAACGAUGAUUGGAGACAAGCAGUUCACUCUA